CAAUUAUUUGGGAUGGACACGUGUGAUGAGGUGGUUGGUUGGAUUUUCAAGGGCAGAAAGUAACGGGUGUAGAGGAUAAUGGCUGAAGGUGGAUGCAUGGAGGUGCCACGUUGCACCUUCUCUUCGGUGCCAAGCUACAAGAGCCAGGCGUCUCUUGCGUUUGAGAAUCUCUCUCUUCUUCGAUGCGCUCUCUCACAUUGUUAGGGUUUCGUGUUUUCUCUCGCUUUUCAUAGAGAGAGAGAAAGCAAGAAAGCGAGAGAAAGUUUACUGAUUCUCGCUCCUGUUAUCUCAGAUUCGGAUCCUCCACUGGUUUGAAUCUGAACAAGGUUGUCACAGGUCGGAUUCUGCGAUCCGAUCCGAUCACCUUCGGACCUAAAAUUCGAAGAUUCUGAGGAGAGAUCUGUGACUGUUUGAAUUUUCUUUUCUCUAUUUUUCUUGGAUAGGGAUCUAAUUCGGUUUUACCGGAUCCGUAUUUGAACAUGUGUUUUCGGCGUUUGAUUAAUCAAGUGGUUUGAAUUUAUUUUGGUUAAUAAAGGCCAUAUAGAUGGUAUGCAGCGGCUGCAUAAGGAAUGUGAUUGUUCAAGCUGGCCACAUUGGACAAUCAGCUGUGAGAAGCGUUCGAUUAAGAGCAAUCUAUAGAAGUUUGAAUGCAAAUAUUGGAUUGAGGUAUACCUGGAAUCGACAGUUUAGGAGCAGUGUAAAGAUGAUGGUUGAUAUGGCGAAGGGGGAACCUAUUAUCAAUGUGUUGCCAGAGAAAGAGGACGAUGGUGGCUAUGCCAGUGGAGGAUGGAAAAGUGAAGACGGAAAACUGAGCUGUGGGUAUUCAAGUUUCAGGGGAAAGAGAGCUAGCAUGGAGGAUUUCUAUGAUGUUAAAAUGUCCAAGAUUGAUGGGCAAACAGUUUGCCUUUUUGGAAUAUUUGAUGGUCAUGGUGGUUCUCGUGCUGCGGAGUUUUUGAAGGAGCAUCUCUUUGAGAAUUUGAUGAAGCAUCCAGAGUUCAUGACAAAUACCAAAUUGGCUAUAAGUGAAACAUAUCAACAAACUGACAUGAAUUUUCUGGAUGCUGAAAGAGAUACAUACCGAGAUGAUGGUUCUACUGCUUCCACAGCAGUGCUUGUUGGUAACCAUCUCUAUGUUGCCAAUGUUGGAGAUUCAAGGGCUGUGAUAUCAAAAGCUGGAAAAGCAAUCCCUCUUUCUGAGGAUCAUAAACCAAAUAGAAGUGACGAGCGAAAAAGAAUUGAAAAUGCUGGAGGUGUUGUGAUGUGGGCAGGAACUUGGAGGGUGGGAGGAGUCUUAGCAAUGUCUCGUGCUUUUGGUAACCGCAUGCUGAAGCAAUAUGUUGUGGCAGAACCCGAGAUCCAGGAUCAAGAGGUUGAUGAAGAACUUGAAUUGCUUGUGCUUGCUAGUGAUGGACUCUGGGACGUUGUACCUAACGAGGAUGCCAUUGCACUUGCUCGAACAGAAGAAGAACCCGAGGCAGGGGCCCGGAAGUUGACGGAGACUGCUUUUACCCGGGGGAGUGCCGACAACAUAACCUGCAUCGUGGUCAGGUUCCACCAUGAGAAGGUUGAUCCCGAUCCACCUAACAUGGAGCAGGCUUAGAAACUUUAGAAUAUGCGUGGGGUAGGAUUUCUAAAAGUCUAGGUAAAUUAAAGAGGGUGGGCAGCGCCUGCACAUGCAUAUGACUUUGGAUGAUGAAUGUGUAUAUGAACAAAGGGAGGUAAUUUGUUUAUUCAUUGGUUUGUUUUUCCGUUUUGCUCUUUGUAUUAUGGAGAGACUAUGAACCUCUGAUCGUCUUUUUUCUUUUUUUCUUUUUUUCCUUCUUUUCAUUUCUUUUUCUUAUUUAUAAGUACAUCUUGUCUGUAUAUCUGAUUGUCUGUUUGGCAGUAGAGGUCUCAUCGGGCAUUUUCUAGUUUCCAAUAGAAUAAAUAAUUCAUGCUUAGCCUCCACAACCGAGGAGCUAGCAGCUGUUAUUUCUAA